AAUUUGUCACAUAAACGUCACCCGCGAGUCGAUCGUCGACGAUUUCUCAGCACGUCGAAAAAUAUAUAUUUUUUCUUUAAAUUAAAAUUGUUAUGUACAAAUACUAAUAACAAAAAUGAGGAUCACUAAUGUGAGACGGGGUCGGAUUAUCCGUAUGGGAGCAGCAUGCGCGAUCCUAUUAGUUUUAUUGUUCGCCCUUCACAAAUGGUCGGAAGAGAACGUAGCUUUAGAAUCCGGCGGCGUUGCAUUAAGUUUGGACUCCGAAGCUUCUUUUGUGUCCCACCGUGAUGUUUACCCGGUUUUAAAAACAGAGUUGGGUAACUUUGAGCCCCGGGAUUUAAGGACUGUAAAAGGCCCUGGUGAGGAAGGGAAGCCUUACCACAUGCCACAAGACAGGGCCAAUGAUAUAGCAGAGUCUGAAAGUGAAUACGGCAUGAACAUUGCCGCUUCUAAUGACAUCGCUAUGAACAGGUCCAUACCCGACACUCGGUUAGAAGAGUGCAAGUUCUGGCAUUACCCAGUGGAACUACCAAGCACGUCUGUCAUCAUAGUCUUCCACAACGAAGGGUUUUCUGUACUCAUGAGAACUGUGCAUUCCGUCAUCGACCGGUCGCCACCCAAUGUGCUGCACGAAAUUGUUUUGGUAGACGAUUUCUCAGACAAAGAGAACUUAAAGUCAAACCUAGACAACUACAUCAAAAGAUGGAAGGGGAAAGUUCGUCUGAUAAGGAAUCAUCAACGCGAAGGUCUCAUUCGGACUCGGUCGAGGGGAGCGCAAGAGGCGACUGGUGACGUCAUAGUUUUCCUUGACGCUCAUUGCGAAGUGAACAUUAACUGGCUACCUCCCCUUCUAGCCCCCAUUUACAGGGACUAUAGAAUCAUGACCGUACCAGUUAUAGAUGGCGUAGACCACAGAACGUUUGAAUAUAGGCCUGUGUACCAACACGGUAUGAACUACAGAGGUAUCUUCGAAUGGGGCAUGCUUUACAAAGAAAAUGAAGUACCUGAUAGAGAAGCAAAUCUUCACAAACACAAAUCCGAGCCUUAUAAGAGUCCAACACACGCAGGUGGUCUUUUCGCCAUAAAUAGGAGAUAUUUCCUCGAAAUCGGGGCUUACGAUCCUGGUCUACUUGUGUGGGGAGGCGAAAACUUUGAGCUGAGCUUCAAAAUCUGGCAGUGUGGUGGUAGUAUUGAAUGGGUCCCAUGUUCUAGAGUAGGGCAUGUGUACCGCGCGUUCAUGCCUUACUCGUUUGGAAACCUUGCGAAGAACAGAAAAGGUUCUCUUAUUACAAUAAACUAUAAGAGAGUUAUAGAAACCUGGUUUGAUGAGGAGCAUAAGGAGUACUUCUAUACUAGGGAACCUAUGGCUCGUUUCUUAGACAUGGGAGAUAUAAGCGAACAGCUGGCUUUAAAGGAACGGUUGAAGUGUAAGAGUUUCGGCUGGUUUAUGCAGAAUGUCGCUUAUGACGUAUAUGACAAGUUCCCGAAAUUACCCAAGAAUAUACAUUGGGGUAUGGUGUGGAACAAGGCGACUAGUGUUUGUCUUGACACUAUGGGCAAAGGAGCUCCAGCUUAUAUAGGCACGGCCUCAUGUCACGGGUCUAGUAACAGCCAACUAUUCAGGCUGAAUGAGGCCGGUCAGCUUGGCGUUGGAGAGCGCUGUGUAGAAGCUGAUGUGGACAGUGUGAAACAGGCCUUCUGCAGGCUUGGCACUGUUGAUGGACCUUGGAGUUACGACGAGGCCCGUCACCAUCUCAUCCAUCGCUUACACGGUUACUGUUUAACCCUUCAGCCGCACUCCCGGCAACUUGGUUUAGCACCCUGCGAUCCCAACAACACAUACCAACAGUGGACCAUUAAACAGUCCAAGCCGAACUGGUGAGACUAACUUAGGUACUAAGCUUCGAUUUAGUUCAAUUUCGUUAAGGACCGAUGUGACGUGUCUGAAUCGUUUGAAGGGGAAAGUGGGGGGAUUGUGUGUGGGGUGUUUUUAAUGAAAGAAAUUGGUUUAUAUAGUUUUUUUUUUUUCUGUGAAAUGAUAGAUGUGUAUUGGAAAAGAAAAUUGAGUUAUAUUAUGCCAUUGUCAGUUUUUUGCAUGAUUUAAUAUUUUAUCUUAGUGUAGAAAUUAAGUAAAGUUCUUAUGUUUACCUCUUGAUUGCAAUAUUUCUUAAGAAAACCAGGAAAAUCUUUACUGAUCUAGUAUUGGUUGUAAUUGUUUAGUAGCGAAGUUAAAGAAAGCUUUUUUAAUUUUCACUACAUGUCUAUCAUUUCACAUAUGUAUAUAUGCAGUAUGUAGUAAUUACAAAUUUGCCCACUAUCCCCUGUAUCCAAAAUGCGAUAAACUUUAGAGUGUCUACUUGGAAAUUCGUGUUGUGUCACUUAUUAUGUUUAAGUAUCCGAACUUUUUAAUGUUUAAAACUUAAUAUUUUGGUUUUUGUAUUGUAGUAUUUCUACUACGGUAUAAUCGGAUUCGUUAUUAACAGUGUAUUUGUAUAAUUGGGCAUUGUAACUAUGGGCUUCCAAAUUCAUUGAUCAGAGGGUUAGAAGUCUUCCUAGCCAUAAUAAAUUUCUUAUGAUUCUAUCAAUCAUAUUAAUCAUGUCCUAAAUUACUUCAAUUCAUAGUAGGUAUGACAACUUCGCUUGCGCGCAUACUUUUACCAAAAAUACUACAUUAUGUAGACUUAUUAUACGACCAUGGAGGCUUUGCUAUAUUGGAAUUCAAGGCAACACUAAGCUUAUGCAAUCAUAGACAAUUCAAGUGUAACACUUCUCUAUGGUUGUAUAAGCUUAACACGAGUAAACAGUGUGCUAAGAUUCCGAUUCUCCUCUAAUAGGAGUUAAGUAGCUGUCUUCUCAUAAUAAAACCAUUUUAGUUUUCGAAAUGUUAUGUCUCGAAAUGGCUUUGUACAUAGAUUCAAUAAGGUGCGAAAGCUAGUAUGCGCAAAGCGAACCAAAGAAAGACUUUCUAAAAAUUGGUUGCCUGUAAAGUCGGUAUACGGGCGAAAGUUUUACGUGACAACGAAUUUGAGUCUCUCUCGCUCUUAGGCGGGCUAACUGUGCUCGAGUGGAAGGGACGCGUGCCUUUCACUUUUUAUGUCUGUCUCUCUCGCUCUUAGGCGGGCUAACCAUGCCCGAGUGGAAGGGACGCGUGCCUCUCACUCGCUCUCAUUGUGAGCGCAUAACGUGAGCGGAGCGUAACGCAGUUUCUUGAAGUGUCACCCGGCAAACCAAUUUAUAAGACGUUGUCACGUCAAACUUCUGUACCUAUUUCCUAAAAUCGAUUCAGUGACGUCACAAUCCGCGUUCUAACAAAUUAUGCCAUUACACGUAAGACAAUGUCGCCCAAUGUGGUUCAAUUGUUUAGCAAUGCUAGUAAUAUUCGAUAUGCGUAAAUUUUGUACGAUUCACACUAACACGGGAAAUAAAAAUAAAUAAUCCAGAUACGCUACAUGUAUAAUCUGAAUUUUCUGGGUAUAUAUGUAUGUGAAUAAUUUUCAUAAAAUAUAAUAAAGACUGAUUUCCCGAGCAUGUUCGAUUUGUCACGCCAUGCAAUAAAAAAAUGUAAUAUUGUUGUCUAUGCAUCUUCUUAAUGGUCACACAUUUAUUGUUUUUUUUUUUUAUGUACUUAACAAUAGUUAAACAUUCCUGUUAAAAUAAAUAUGUAAAAACUUUUUCGAAGAUUUUGGUCAAAUGCUCAAUUUAGGACAGGUAAAUAUCAUAAUUACCUACUUCAAAAAUAAACCUUACAUGCCUUUUGAUAAAUAACAUUAGUAUAGGUAACCGAAAAUGAAUCAUUGAUACAGUACUAACGUAUUAUGUUGCUAGGUAAAUAAAUAAUUAUAAAGACUUAUCUGUCUCGAGUUAAAAUCUAAGAACUCCCGUUUACCUAUGUAUUAAUAAAAAGCUAUACGCUCUCCAGGCAUUUAAUACAGAAUCUCGAAUUCUAUGACAAAAACCUAGAAUAUAUAAAUAAUAACAGCGAUAAUCACAGUCCAAUUUUCAGCCAAUUUCUGUAUGAAUCAUACCGUAGGUACCGGUUGUACAGAGGUAGUUUAGGCUAGGUUCAGAUGACAAUCCCACAACGCGCGUUUACAACUACAUACAUUUUAUAACGCCUAACCCACGUUAGCAUGUGUACAGCCUGAAUAAAAUGUAUGUAAUAGUGAUUUUACAACUUGUGCGCUUGUCAUCUGAAAGCAGCCUUAAUGUCUGUCAACAUAGACGUCCGUUUUUCUUAAAAACAAUUGCAGACUUUUAAAAUUGAAUGUGAACAUUAGAAGUUUUAAGAAAACUGAGGUUUAUGUAAAUGUUGUCGGUGAACUCGGGCCUCAGUACUAAUCUGUCGCAAAAACAACAAAAGUUUAUAUUAUAUUAUAUGAUUAGCGUUAUAUAUUUUCUCAAAGCAUUCAUAUAUUUGUUUGUGUUAUUGGACGAAGUCGGUAACUCUUUGAAGUAAGCGAUUUGGCUGGCAAAUAAGAAUGCAACAAAAUGCACAAUACGAAAUUAUCAUAAAUAUACAUAAUAAUAUUAAUCUGUAAACCUUUUAUUGUAAAAAAAAGUAUAUUUUUUCACUAAACAUAAGUUUUACUUACUAUAUAAGGCCUUCAUGUACUUAGAUCAUUUCAAAUAUGAAAACACUGCAUUUAGUUACUCAUUAACUAUGCUUUUUUUCAUAUCUUCUAUUCAGUUAUAAAUGUGAAUGUGGUUGUUCUAAUUCAUGCUUUAAUAGCUGAAUGAAAUUAAUUGAUAUUUGGAACACGUAGAUGCGAGUAGUUCACCCGGGACACAGGUGAAACCACGGAAUGAAGGUAGUCCUAUAUAUUUUCUUAUGCUCUUAGAAUAAGUUUAAUAAAAGAGAUUAUGAAUUUACUAGUGUCAGGUCAUAUCCAAGAAGCAAUUUCUCUUAUAUCGACUGAUUUUACAUCCCUAAUUUUUAUGGAAAUUAUUAAAAUAUAGAUGAUCUAUGCCAAAAUUUUAAAACAGAACUUCUAAAAAUGUUUGCUAACUAAUAUUUUGAUCUCAACAUUAAAUUCAACUAUAAAACAGAAUUUGAACUAAAAAAUUAUGGGUAUACCAUUUGAGUUGCGCUAUCCUUUUACAAAGCAAAAUGCAAAUUUUGUAGUUAUCAAAUUCAUAACCAUUAUGUAUAUACGGCAUUUUUAUAUGAACUAUCAUUUAUUUUACUAUUUUCAUUUAAACUUGUACAUAGGUUUUUAAAUCGUUCCCAGGAACGCAAUAAGGGUAUAAAAUAAUUAUUUUUCUUUUUAUUUUGGGUAACAUUUAACAGAAUGGUGGACGGUGGUGUUGCCAUGUCAAUGUGUGUAAAGUUUAUACUAAUAUAUUGUGAUUGUAAUGUAUCUUUAAACCCAUUUUUAUGUUCCCGGGACCUUAUGAGAUUUUAACAGUUUGCAAAAUUACUGUGAUUAAACAACUUGACAGUUUUAUAUAUUUUCCAAUGUAGUGUUAAAUAAAUUAUUAUUUAUUGUUAA